UCUCCGUCCGCAGCAGCAGUGUUGAAAAGGAGAAAAUGGCCGUCUGGCUGUCAGGACGAGGCGAUUGACAUGUCUGUGUAGUUUUAAGUAGUCGAUUUCAGGGGUGGUGCGAGCGUUUUCACGUCUCAACACGUCAGCGCCGUGAUGCCGAGCGCUUCGUUUACGUCGUCGCGUUCCUACGUGCGACGCUCGCGACGCAAGAACGUCAACAGAAUCCCGCUGCCGUCGCGCACCUCCUCGGCUGAACCGUGCGACGUGCCGUGUGGAGCGCCGCCAGUCGCGGCCGCGGGCUCGUCGUCGGCAUCGUCGACGGCGCCGCCCUCGGCAGGCCCCUCGUCGUCUUCGUCCUCCUCCUCCUCGUCCUCCGCCGCUUCCUCCUCGUCUAGCUGUCCGGGACACCACCCGCCCUACGACCUUCGCAGGAAGUCACCCCACCAUGAGAGCAGUGUCGGCGCCGCCGGCUCCGCCGCGUCGGCGCCCUCGACUUACUCGCCUUCGAUGCUUCCAGCACGCAAAAGGCCUCGACGCACCUGCUCAAUCACUAACGAAGGUGGCUACUCAACCACGGCGGCCCACUACCUCCAGUAUGAAUUACCUGAUGAAGUGUUGCUCACCAUUUUCAGCUACUUGCUAGAGCAAGACUUGUGCCGAGUUAGUCAAGUCUGCAAACGUUUCCAGGCCAUUGCAAAUGACACUGAAUUAUGGAGAAACCUUUACCAGCUCGUUUACGAGUUUGACGUCCCAUUGUUUAACCCAUUGCCCUGCACAUUCAAGUUCAUCCCUGUGGAUGAGUCGGAACACGCAAACCCUUGGAAGGAGAGCUUCCGGCAGCUUUACAAGGGCGUCCAUGUCAGACCUGGCCACUCAGAUUCUGCAGCUAAAACCACGGAGCAGGUACGAGGCCGCAACCUGACCUACUACAACACCAUCCAAGAUGCUCUGGAGGCAGCUGAGGACCAGGAGAACAUUCUCAUCUUCCUGCAUGCCGGCACCUACCGUGGAGAGUACCUGUGCAUUGAAUCAAAUGCUACCCUCAUUGGCGCUGCGCCAGGGAACGUCGCCGAAAAUGUGAUCCUUGAAAGGGACACUGAAUCGACCAUCACCUUUUCCGAGGGCGCCAAGCAAGCCUACGUUGGCUACGUGACGCUCAAGUUCUCGCCUGACGUCACAUCGACCAUUCCUCACCACAAACACUACUGCCUGGAGAUCCAGGAGAACUGCUCGCCCACAGUUGACCACUGCAUCAUUAGGAGUACAUCAGUUGUGGGGUCAGCAGUUUGCGUGAGCGGGUUGGGCGCCAACCCUGUUGUGAAGCACUGCGACAUCUCGGACUGCGAGAACGUGGGCCUGUAUGUCACCGAUUACGCGCAGGGCACCUACGAGGACAACGAAAUCAGCCGGAACGCGCUAGCCGGCAUCUGGGUGAAAAACUACGCCAACCCAAUCAUGCGCCGCAACCACAUCCACCACGGCCGCGACGUCGGGAUCUUCACGUUUGACAAUGGGAUGGGGUACUUUGAGGCCAACGACAUUCACAACAAUCGAAUUGCUGGGUUUGAAGUAAAGGCCGGUGCCAACCCGACAGUAGUUCACUGCGAGAUCCAUCACGGCCAAACAGGCGGAAUCUACGUCCACGAAAACGGGCUUGGCCAGUUCAUCGACAACAAAAUCCACUCGAACAACUUUGCGGGCGUGUGGAUCACCUCAAACAGCAACCCGACCAUUCGCCGAAACGAGAUUUACAACGGCCACCAGGGAGGCGUGUACAUUUUUGGCGAGGGUCGCGGCCUCAUCGAGCACAACAACAUUUACGGGAACGCGUUGGCCGGCAUCCAGAUCCGGACCAACAGCGACCCGAUCGUCCGGCACAACAAAAUCCACCAUGGCCAGCAUGGUGGCAUCUACGUGCAUGAAAAGGGCCAGGGGUUGAUUGAGGAGAACGAGGUUUACGCCAACACCCUGGCCGGCGUGUGGAUCACCACAGGCAGCACUCCUGUCCUGCGCAGGAACCGAAUCCACUCGGGCAAGCAGGUCGGCGUCUAUUUUUAUGACAAUGGGCACGGCAAACUCGAGGACAACGAUAUUUUCAACCAUUUAUACUCAGGCGUGCAAAUCAGAACGGGCAGCAAUCCUAUAAUUAGGGGUAACAAAAUCUGGGGUGGCCAGAACGGAGGUGUCCUUGUGUACAACGGGGGUCUAGGUCUUCUAGAGCAAAAUGAGAUCUUCGACAAUGCCAUGGCUGGCGUGUGGAUCAAAACAGACUCAAAUCCAACCUUGAAGCGCAACAAGAUCUUUGAUGGCCGCGAUGGCGGCAUCUGCAUCUUCAACGGCGGAAAAGGCGUUCUCGAGGAGAACGACAUUUUCCGGAACGCGCAGGCAGGCGUGCUGAUUUCGACGCAGAGCCACCCUGUGCUGCGCAAGAACCGCAUUUUUGACGGGCUGGCAGCGGGCGUCGAAAUCACAAACAACGCCACCGCCACGCUCGAGUGGAACCAAAUUUUCAACAACCGCUUCGGCGGCCUCUGCCUUGCCAGUGGCGUCUCGCCCAGUGUCCGAAACAACAAGAUCUUCAACAAUCAAGAUGCAGUGGAAAAGGCCGUCAGUAAUGGCCAAUGCCUGUACAAAAUAUCCAGCUACACUUCAUUCCCGAUGCACGAUUUCUAUCGUUGCCAGACUUGCAACACGACUGAUCGUAAUGCCAUCUGCGUCAACUGCAUCAAGACUUGCCAUGCUGGUCACGAUGUAGAGUUCAUCCGCCAUGACAGGUUCUUCUGCGACUGUGGCGCAGGCACCCUGAGCAACCAGUGCCACCUGCAAGGUGAGCCGACCCAAGACACAGACACCCUGUACGACUCGGCCGCGCCGAUGGAGUCGCACACCCUCAUGGUCAACUAGGUCCUGCUCAUCCGAGCGCGAGCACUGCCAUCUGCAAAGAAGUUAAUCCUAAGUUUGCCCUGACAAAAAUUCCCCACCCUUUCACCCACCUUGCGUGCGCAGCCAUGAUAUUCACUACACUAGCCGCCUCGAAUGAAAAAGGUAAGGCGCGGGCGGAAAUUAACACUAUGGCGUUCACUGAUCUAACAAACUUUAUCAUUAUUGUAGUUGGUAAGAGAAAAGUAAAAACAAACUCCAUUGUCAGGUUAGCUGUGAAAAUGUGCGUUUUACGAGAAGAUUGUUUUGCAUCGGAACCAAUAACAUUUUGUAUGAAAAUAUGUACUGUUUGUUCUUCUAAUUGUUGCACAAUUUUUGUAAUGAUUUUGCCGAAUCCAUUUUUUCAAAACAUUUACGGAAAAAAUAAGAAGGAGAGCCCCUGUUGUAAAUAAGUACGGUUUAAGAGGAACAGAGUGUUCUACUAAUUAAGUAUUGUGUGGUGAUAUUCAGCGUAAAUUAAUUAUAUAUUAUCAAGUCUUGCGACACGACCUGUACAAUUUCUUUUUCCUUAACCCGAUUAACUAUUUUGUAUUUUUAUUUGGCUCUGCGCGAUUUUUACCACUUUUCGAAGACAACUGAUCAUUUUCUGAAUAAUAGCAAUAACUGUAAGUGCUACAAAUGUUGAGAAUUAUUUGUGAGGCUGAGAGACUUUUAGACUCUAGGUGUAUUUUGUAAAAAGAAGCGUUAGUUGUUUUCUCACCGAACGAGCUUCUUUCUUUUCGAACACACUACGUACUCUACCGAUUCUUGACUUUUUCCACUCUCUCUCUCUCUCCCUCUCUCUGCCCGUGCACGCGUGACUGGUUAGAACCUUAAUUUUAACUCUUCGAUAAUGUAAAUAAAUUAUAUCUCGCUGAAGUUAGUGGUCUUUAUUUGUGGACAAGACUGUAUGUUCGCCGGGCUGUUGGUUCGCUUGCACCGUUCUUUCCACUCGCCAGUGCUGGGCAACUUAGUUUUGUCAACCACUAGCUUAGGUGAAUGACAGACAGGAAAAAAACCCACGGGCCCCGCAGCCCGCAAAGUGCCAAAAAGCGUCACUGCUUCGGACGGACAGGCACUUAAUUCAUUUCCGCAUUUUUCACAAUUUAGCCUGCGAAGGACGCCUCUGGGCGGAAAUUGAUCAAAAUUCCAAAAGUGGCACUCAUCAAAGAAGUCAAAUUAGUAUAUUUUGUAAAAGAAAGGAUCGGCCGCGAUUCGAACUUGAAACUUGUAGACCGGAGGCGUCCUUGGCGUUAGACUCAAUCACACAGCCCGCCAGAAAUAAGGCCUACUCUCUAAUUUUGAAACGAGUGUGUGGUGCGCUAAAUCAAGAAGCAAAAAGUGCCAUAUUUGAGAAGAACUUACUAACUUUUACAAAACUCGUGUGUGAAAAAGGAAAAAGUGAAGGUAGAAUUAAACAGUGACAAACCAAGUGAUCUGAACGAGAGGUCGAACUCGUACGGCAACUGCAAUUAGUUGAAUAAAAUAUCAAUCUCGGGCUUACUGUUUUUGUUCGGAGAAAAACUGAUGCGGAUUUCAUGUGUGAUUUUUGUCCUAAGAGUUAAUUAGUGUUGUCUUUGUGUAAGAAGAUGAAGUUGAGAGAGAUUUGACGCGUUUGUUAAAUGAUUUUAAUUGAAAAUCUAUUGCGUUUCGAUUGAUGUCUAGCGUGGUGGGUUAUCACACAACCCUUGUAUACCAGUUCCAAAUGAGAGGGUCGUUGAAAGUUGGGGCGCCACUCGGCCAAACACCAAUCCGGAUCAAACGAUUAAAAGUGCCCGAGUUGCGCCCAAUUUUAUCAUACUGAUCGCAUUCUUGCCAUUUGCAUAAGUAAAUGAACGAACCGAGUGGGGGCAAGUAUAAAUUACACGCAAGCUGUGGUAGCAGAUUUAUAUAUAAAUGUAGUUUCGGUGCCUUUUGCGCACGGAAAUUGGCCGCAGCUUUUUGUCAGACCCGCAAAGCGUCGUUUUUCCAUCUUUCCAACAAAAAACAAACAAUUGUAAAAGUAAUUACCACUUAUACAAGCGCAGAAAAUUAGAGGUUAGCAUUUGGAACAAACAAUUUGUCAACUUUUUUGAGACGACACACAUACACACACUGGAAUGUAUUUAUUCAUCCAUCAAUUUUAUUUUUUAAUUUGUUUUCACUUUAUUUAUGUGUACUACAAAACCCUGUAGUGCUGCACUUAAUAAUAAACUGCUGUAUCAUAAAUAAUUAAAAUAUAUAGCGAAAAUGCACAAAAAUUCCCUCGAGCUGU